AUUUCUAAUAAACGCCACUACCCACGUGGUAAAAAAAAGUGCAAGACCAUACAUGCAUGAUAAACAUCAUCAACUAUCUGCAGAUCUACUGUGUUCUAUUGCCUGUGGACAAGUUGCAGCAUGUGUGACUGGGACGAGGAGGACUGUGUUGUGCCUGUCGUCCUGGACAAGGUGUAUCAACUACCACAUCAACGAGACGACAGCAAGUUUGGACAAGCUGCUAAACCACGAGGGAGAGGGAGGGCUCUGGCAAGUCAUCGCUUCCUUGAAGAAACCAACGAGAGCAGUACAGGGUUUGGAGGGAAGACAAGUGGUCGGGGAUUUGGUAAUCGUGAAUCCAAUGAGAGCAGUGCAGGGUUUGGAGGGAAGACAAGUGGUCGGGGAUUUGGUAAUCGUGAAUCCAAUGAGAGCAGUGCAGGGUUUGGAGGGAGGACUAGUGGUCGAGGAUUUGGUAGCCGUGAAUCCAAUGAGAGCAGUGCAGGGUUUGGAGGGAAGACUAGUGGUCGAGGAUUUGGGAAUCGUGAUUCCAGUGUCAGUAACGGCUCUGAAGAGACUGAUUGCCUCAAAAUGACAAUAUCUUCAUCAGAUGUUGGGAAGGUUAUAGGUAAAGGUGGGUCUCGUAUACGUGAGAUGGAGAGCACCAGUGGAGCACAAAUCAAGGUGAUCAAAGGCUCCGGACCAGAAACUGAAGUGGAGCUUAUUGGGGACAGCUCAGCACAGGAGAGCGCCAAGCGUCUAGUGGAAGAGGCCAUCUCUGGUGGAGGAGGGGGUGGGAGGUACGAUGAUGGAGGUGGGCGGAGCUUUGGCGGAGGAGGAGGGGGCAGAGGAGGUUUUGGAGGAGACAGGGGAAAAUCAUCAUUCUCUUUCGAAAAGAGCUCCUCGCGAGACAAGCCAGCUGCGUCCAUCGAUGGUGCACCUCGUCCCAAGAUAAACUGGGCCAAUCUAAACGCUAACAGAGCUACACUGGAGGCUGAGAAAUGGGCAGAUUGUCCGGACAUUAAAAAGGAGUUUUAUUUUGAGGACCCAGAAGUAGCUGGAAUGAGCGUCGAUCAAGUGGAAGAUUUCAGGGAAAGACACAAUGGAAUAUCGGUGACUGACCUCUCUGACAUUACCCGAUCAGUACCCAACCCCGUAGCAAUGUUCGAACAAGCAUUCAGUUGCUAUCCCGAUAUUUUGAGAGAAAUUGAAAAGGCAAAGUUUGUGACACCAUCACCCAUACAGAGUCAAGCCUGGCCUAUUCUGAUGCAAGGCUUCGAUAUGGUUGGAAUAGCACAAACUGGUACUGGCAAGACGUUAGCAUUCCUUCUCCCCGCCCUCAUACACAUCGACGGACAAGAAACUCCCAUGGCUGAGAGAGGUGGGCCAACUGUCCUAGUGCUGUCUCCUACGAGAGAACUGGCACUACAGAUUGAGAAAGAGGCCAAGAAAUACUCGUACAAAAAUAUCAAGUGUAUGUGUGUGUACGGAGGCGGUGACAGGAGAGAGCAGAUCCACAAAGUCAGUCAGGGAGUGGAGAUUGUCAUCGCUACACCUGGUAGGCUCAAUGAUCUGCUUAUGAACGAACUGCUGAGUGUGCGCAGUGUCACCUACCUGGUGCUGGACGAGGCUGACCGGAUGUUGGACAUGGGCUUUGAGCCACAGAUCAUGAAGAUACUGUUGGACAUUCGGCCCGACAGACAGACUGUCAUGACCAGUGCAACAUGGCCUCCUGGUGUGCGGAGACUGGCUGAGUCCUACCUCAAGAAGCCAUUCCAGGUUUACGUUGGGUCUCUAGACCUGAGGGCUUGCAAUCUGGUGGAACAAGCUAUUGAGUUUUUGGACGAUACUGAGAAAAAAGAUAGAACACUGCAGUUCAUCUCGGACAUGAAACCAGAGGAAAAAGUUCUAAUCUUUGCCAUGAGGAAAUCAACUGUUGACGACUUAUCCAGUGACUUUGCGCUCGCGGGGAUUGAGGCUCAAUGUAUCCAUGGUGACAGAGAACAAUACGAUAGAGAGCAAGCUUUGGAUGACUUCAAAACUGGGCGAGUGCAUAUUCUAAUAGCUACGGACGUGGCCUCCAGGGGACUGGACAUUGUGGACAUCACGCAUGUAGUGAACUUUGACUUCCCCCGUCAUAUUGAGGACUAUGUCCACCGGAUUGGUCGCACUGGGAGGGCGGGGCGUACGGGCAAGUCUCUCUCGUUUAUCACUCGGGAUAACUGGCAAUGGGCUCGAGAGUUGACUGGGAUAUUGUCAGACGCUGGACAGUUGGCCUUUCCUCAGAGGUGGCCGUUGAGAGGGUCCACUGUGUACAUGCACUUCAUCCCCCCCACCUUUAUGCAGGAGGUCCCUGAUGAGCUCGUCUCAAUGGCAGAACGGUACGAGUCUUGGAAGAAGAAGAGGGAACUAGAGAGGGACAAUGUCCCUGGGGGCGGAGGGGGCAGAGGAGGCGGAAGGUCAAGAGGCGGGGGCGGGGGAAGAUCUGGCCGAGGAUGGAACUGAACAAUAAUUAUCUCUUAAUAAGAACAAUUCAUUUAUUCAAUUCUUGCACAAUAUUUUAAUCAUUAAUUUGUGUAUCUAUUCGAAAUGCAACCCAUAAUAAUAAUAAUCACAAGCUCUUGUUAUUAUGUAA